AUGGUAAAGCCGGUAUUCGUGAAUGAGUCUUCCUUGAUACCACGGAUUGUGAAUGGCUACCCUGCUGCACUUGGAGAUAUACCCUAUCAGUUAAGCUUCAAACAACGGUACAGCCGUCACAGCAAAGUGUACGACACAUUUUGCGGCGGUAGUAUCAUUUCCCCUUCAAAGUUGGUCUCCGCAGCCCACUGCUUUGACCACAAUAAAAAAUCGGGUUGUUUCACUGAAACUAUAAUAUUAAGCACCAAAGAAGUGGGGGUAUAUUUUGCUGUGGCGGGUACCCUCGUCAGUAAAGAGAGAUACCGACCUCAAGACAAUCCCUCAGGCGCACAGUGGAGAAGGCUAAAAAACGUUAUCUACCCUUCAGGCUACGAUUUUCCAGAACAUGACGUUGCAGUUGUGACGACGUUACAGCCAUUUGUUUUCAACGCGCACAUCGCCCCGAUUCCGUUUGCCAAGCGCUGGCGCGACUACCGGGGAGAAUGUGUGGCUUCAGGCUUUGGACUGAUAAGUCAUAUACCUGAGAUAGAUUCUUCAAAGUUAAUGAUAGCUAAGUUGGAGUUGGUACCAAGUUAUUGGUGUAGCAAGAAAUUAAGCGCGGACAUGAAGACGUUCGUCUGCACUUCAGGAGUAAAGACGGAUGUUGGGAAGGGUGAUUCAGGCGGCCCGUUAGUGUGUGCUGGUACUGGAGAGAAAUCUGAAGGACCGAAUGGCAUUUUGGUAGGCAUUGCUUGUGCAAAUAUCUUGAAAAGAAGUAUCGGCGGCUCCAUCUUCACUAGAACAUCUACUUACACACGUUUUAUAGACAAAAAUGAAGCAAAUAGUUCUCCGUUCACGAAAGUUCAGCAGAAAAUAGUUCUCGUGUAA